GAACAACCGACGAGGUCGGAGAGGUCAAUCAAAGAACUUUUGGUUUUUGGGCUAUUCACCUAGGUACUUGUCGACUGCUAAACUGCCACUUUCUGCUAUCUUGUCCCCUCCGGUCACAAAUUUCACCUGUUUUCUUUGAACCGUCCCUCAUCAGUUGAAUAUUGUGAUACAAACCACAACCACCUCAUACCUGGCACACAACCGCUUCGAUUCCAGAGUCGCAACUAUGAAGUCUCCCAGCAGCACCUCAUCACUUCGGGGGGUGAUCACUUUUGCUCCUCGAGCCUACCUCUUCACAUCUUCUCCUAUACGGUCACUGCGGCCAUCACGGUCCUUCGGCACUUCCGUUACCUCGAGAAAAGGCGACUCUUCAUCUUCCAAGUCUGCUCCUCCAUCUCCGUUCAACAGUUUCGGUGGCGGACCUGCGCCACCGAGAUUGCCCAAGGAAGAGCAAGAGAUUUUUGAAGCCCUGCAACGUUCAUCGACGGGAGCGUUCUCGACGCCACGUACGCCACCGCCCAAGAUCAAUCAGUCACCUCAUUCCGGACCCGCGGAGGCGGCCCAUGCACAGACGAAAGUGGAAGAGAGGGUGGACAAGAUCCAGGCUGAGUCGGCGAGCAGACAAAAGGAUCUCGGGGACAGCAUGUCCAACUUCAUCAAAGAGCAGUUUGACCGCACCAAGAUCGACGCGAGGGGCGACGGUGAGGAAUUGCACCCCAACAUCGUUCGCGGUGCGCAGCCCGAGUUUGAAGGGGACGUCAACCCAAAGACCGGAGAGGUUGGAGGGCCCAAGAACGAACCUUUGAGAUGGGGCGCGUCAGGGGAAUGGAGCUACAAUGGAAGAACUACGGAUUUCUAAGUAGAGAGGAAAGGUGUGGGAAAUCGUUUAGAGAUGAUCUUCUUUGGAAUAGAGCGCGCCUAGUUUCCCCGUCUGGAGAUUUGUGCUGUAGUUUCUAGAGAAAAAUGACUCGGAUGUGCAAGAGCAAGACACAAGACGCCUUUGCCCAUGUGUUUCCCAGCUCCAGUCCUAG